CGCGCAAAAUUAGCAUCAGAUUAGCAAAAAGGAAUGUAGACGUUUUGUCAUCCGCGGCGCGAGGGCGAAAGGUGGACUGAAUCGUGACUGAGUUUAGAGUGACAUCGGCGGUCUUGCUGUGGACUGUGCACGGUAGCCAGCAUUAUGCGGGUCCGAGGCUAACCGCGACCUUGCUAAAUAGCCGCUGGUCACAUGAAUUUGGUCUGACCGGAGAGUGUCGCUUCUUUAUUCGGGGAUGGCCGACAGGGAUUUACCUACGGCGGGGCGUCCUCCGCGGUCCCCUUCUUCCUCCUCCGGCUCUCCGGAUGAGAACGGACAUCGUAACCGCGACGACAGCCCGGACGAGACGCUCUCGCCUACCUCGGUGAUUUACUUCAAGGAGGCUUUGAGCUCAGUCAAUGUGAGGUUUGGGAAACCUGGCGGCUCCCCCACGUCCCUCACCCCGCCGCAACCCCAUAAGUAUGACUUCCACAUCGAGAGGAUCGAUUCGAAGAGGAAAAAUCCCAAGGACCCCAUCACCAUUGAGAGGCUCAACCUGAUGAACAUGGCCAAGCUGAGCAUCAAAGGUCUGAUCGAGUCAGCGCUCAACCUGGGACGCACGCUGGACUCGGACUACGCGCCCCUGCAGCAGUUUUUCGUGGUCAUGGAGCACUGCCUCAAACACGGCUUGAAAACCAAAAAGACUUUUCUGGGCCAGAACAAGUCGUUCUGGGGGGCCUUAGAGCUGGUGGAGAAGCUGACGCCCGAAGCUGGGGAGAUCACCGCCAGCGUCAAAGACCUGCCUGGCCUCAAGACGCCUUUGGGACGAGGCCGCGCUUGGUUACGACUUGCAUUGAUGCAGAAGAAGCUGUCCGACUACAUGAAGACCAUCAUCAACAGAAAGGACCUGCUCAGUGAAUUCUACGAGCCCAACGCUCUGAUGAUGGAGGAGGAGGGAGCCGUCAUCGCCGGACUCCUCGUAGGGCUCAACGUCAUUGACGCCAACCUGUGCAUGAAAGGAGAAGACCUGGACUCCCAGGUUGGUGUGAUUGAUUUCUCAAUGUACUUAAAAGAUGGCGGCCACAGCAGCAAGAGUGCAGAAGGCGACGGUCAGAUCACUGCGAUACUCGAUCAGAAGAAUUACGUGGAGGAGCUUAACAGACACUUAAGCGCCUCAGUAAAUAACCUCCAGGCCAAAGUGGACGCGCUGGAGAAGUCCAACACGAAGCUCACAGAAGAGCUGGCAGUGGCCAACAACAGGAUCAUCACACUACAGGAAGAUGUGGAGCGGGUGAAAGAGGAAAGCUCUUUUCAAUUGGAGUCCAACAGGAAGGCUCUGAGAAGUGACUCGGCGGCAGCAGAUGGACCAGUGCUCGGUGAAACACGAAAGCAGCUCAAGGAGGAGACACUCCUUCGAUUGGACGUGGAGAAGGAGCUGGAGGUGCAGAUCGGCAUGAAACAGGAGAUGGAGCUGUCCAUGAAGAUGCUGGAGAAGGACGUGUGCGAGAAGCAGGACGCGCUGGUCGAACUCCGACAGCAACUGGAUGACCUGCGUGUCAUUAACCAGCAGCUCAGUCACAAGUCGCAGAGCGCUGACGCUAGCUCCAAGCAGAAGACCGACGCCAUGGCUCGUCUGGAGGACAAAAUUAGUCAGAUGUCAGCCACCGUCAAACAGCUGGAGACCAGAUGUAAGCAGGCUGAGCGGGAAAAGGAGGCUGCACUGGAGGCCAAUCGCCUCUUCAAGCGCGAGUUUGGGGACAAGAUCGAGAGCCUGGAGGUGGAGCUGGAGCAGCUCCGGAAACACAGGUUCAACCUGGAGGUGGAGCUUAGGAGGGAGCAAGAGCGCCACCUAGCCAGCACACACCCCAAGGACCUCCUCCAACCUCAGUCGGGAUCCCCAGCGAUGAUGAAAGACGACCAAGUAACAUCAGAAGACAAAAGCAGCCCAAACUCCAGCUUGUCCCUCUGCCCAUCUGAUGAUGAAGAGGAUGAUUCUUUUGUGAACAUUAGUGAAGCUUCCAUGUGCAGCAUGUGCGAGCAGGAAGACUCCCUUCUCAGGACAAAGAAACAGUGCAAGAACUGCAGCGGUGUGUUCUGCGAGGGCUGUGUGUCCAAUGAGCUGCCGCUACCGUCAUCCAUCUUGCCCGAGGUGGUGUGCACCACCUGCUACGCACUCUUACUUCAGCAGUAUGCUUCCACAUCGCCAGCAUAAAAACAAAUGCUGUCUUACCAUAACUACAUCUGCAGCAUGCACUUUUCGCAUUACACUCCAAAGGAUCUCAUCACGGACACUUUCAGUGAACCCCCAUUUAUCCUGGGGUAUAUGCUGUGGACCCGCCUUCGACAGGUGGAAGGCCACAUAAUAGUGAGACCAUAUCCAUUUUUCCAAACAAAAGAGUAUUAACCAUUGUUUAACACCAAAGUAUUCAACCAAACCAUAUUAUUUUGACGAACAAAAGUCUUGAGAGAAAUUUUCUAGAUUUGCAGUAAUUAACCAAACAAGUGAUCCUUCAAAACGCAAAAAGCAGCAACACAUACAAUUAUUCUGUCUCCAUUUGUUAUGUUGCAUUUCUACCAGUAGAAGUCAAUGCUGUCAAGCGUGAUGUGGUACUACAUUGAAGGCACAUACAACUCUAAAUUCAGAUUUGCCAGUAGUAGUACCUCUACUUGUGAAAUUAAUUUGUUGCAGAAGUCGUUUCAUAAUGUGAAUUUUUCCCCAAGUAGAAGUGCCUUUUACAUGUAAAUAGCCUAAUUCGUGCCAAAUCACGACACCCCCUAGAUACAAGAUACAGGAUGUCCAUCAUGGUUAAAGAUUGGCGUGCCUCCUAGCUAAUGGAAUGCCAUGAAGAUGCUACAGUGAUAGCCAAGGGUAGAGCAUUUCUACUGCGCCAUACAAACCAAGAUACAGGAUAUUUACGUUGGGUGGAAUUUGGGGGCUGCGAACCCAGUGCCUAUGGUUUCCUUACAAUAUUUUUCUGAGGAGGUGUUUCGUGACUCAAAUUUUUAUUAGAGACAUUUGUAAGGAGAUGUACCACUGUAUAGUGUAAAAACACAUUUGAAAAAAAAAAAAAACGUCACUAAGAAAUGUGCAAUACAGUAUUGCUGGGGCAUGAAUAACGUAGCAAAGAGUCACUGUAUCCGCCCUCCCCCCCAAAAAAGUGCCAUUUUGUCUAGUCAUUGGGACAUUUCACCUGGUUGUCAAAUGGAAACAAGACUGUUUUAAUGAUGUAAGGCAAACUUACAAUCUUUUAAUCUCUAUUUUUUCGAUUUUAAAAAAAUGAACACAUCUGCUUGAAAUAAAGGCAAAUAAUCCACAAAGUUUGCUCAUGUCUUCAUGUUUGGAGCACUUUUACAAACAAGUCAAAAUCAUUUCAAGUUGCUGAAUGUUAUCUUUUUGUUGAGAAAAUAAUAUCACAGAAAUGCUUCAAUAAUAAAUUGAUGUUUUUAAACCC